AUGGCUUUGACUUCGAUCCGCAUCCACACUUCAAACUCUUCUUUCGAGGCCAUAUAUUUGAGCACUUCUUUUCCCUUUUCCAAUCACACUUGCGAGGUGUCCUCUCUCAUGUUAUCGCAAACUAACAGUUUUCCAUUCGCCAUAUCAUUCGAAAAUAUGUCAUCCUCGCCAGCGCAGUCUUACAAGCCCCCGACUGAGCUUCGAUUGAAAAUUCAUCGAGCAGUGUGGGAUCCCAGAACGGUCGUCCUCUCGUACGGCAAGCAAACAACACCUCCGAUCACACUCUCCAUCAACUAUGAGGCGCGCCAGGAGACGCUCAAGCACUACCACCGCUAUACCUGA